UUUGCUGAGCUGACCAGUUGACCAAUACAGAGAAUAAGAUAAAACAUAACAGAAGAAAAACCGAUGGUCAUUUUGUUUGAAACUAAAAGACUAGGAAAGGAAAAUCGACGACGUGAAUGACGCUAUCGCUUAGAAUGGAAAAGCGACGUUCAACAAUUUGGAUUUUACCUUUCUUUCAUCUCGCGAUUUUCUUUAAUUUAGUGAACACCAAAAGUGAAUAUACGAAAUUGUUCCAACGGUGUACGAACGAGAAAAACACUUUUGAUUGCUUCAAGCGGCGUGCCUUGGAGAUUUUGGAUGCGGCGAUAUAUGAUAACUCUGUAUAUAAAGUCAACGACUACAUUUCAAUCACCAAAGAUACAGCGUCAACCGCGAGAAAUUACAAUUCGAUGACAUCUGAAAAUGAUACAGAGUUAAGUCUUGAUCAGAGAUUGGAUAAUAAGUUUCAUGAAUUUCUAUCAUCGAGAAGCGUGAAACUGACAAUACCGGGCAACGCUUUUGAAGGCAGAAAGAAGAAGGGGAAGGGCUAUGGACAAGUAUUGAUAAUAGGUGCCAUGUUAGCAGGCAUGAUGGCGCAAUUAGCUUUUGGAAAAAUAGCUUUUAUCGCCGGUACGGCCUUGCUGACAGCGAAAAUGGCUUUAGUUUUAAGCGCAAUAAUUGGCUUGAAAAAGCUUGCAUCAAGCGGAGGAGGUGGUCAUGAAGUUAUCUAUGCGACAGCAUCCGAACACCAUGGAAGUGGUGGUGGAGGAUAUGGUGGUUGGCAACGAGCAAUGGAAGCUGUUCCGCCAACUUGAAUUAUACUCGAUUCAUAUCACAAACUCAAAACUUUAUGAUAUAGUUACCGCAUGUAAUACGUCUUUUUCGAUGUAUCUAAAAGAAUGUUCUCUGGAAAUAUUUUAAUUAUUAUUAAUUAUUUUAUAUACAUAAUAUUUAUUAUUUAUUAUUUAUAUAUUAUUUAUUUAAGUUAAGAGAAUCGAUACACAUAUGUAUUAUACAUAUUAUUUUUUCAUAGACUUGACACGAACGUAUUAUUCUACGAAAAAUAAACAAUAUGUAAUGUACGUUGAUUGAUAAACACAUAUUUUAAAUUAUUUAUCUAAUUUGUUAAUAUUUA